AAAGCGGCGUCUUUUGAUUUUUGGCAGCGAUGCCCAGUUCUGACAUGGCGGUGUGGAGGACAAGUCUCCUACUGCUGCUCGCGCUGGCAGGUGCAGAGCCCUCGCGCCUGGUGUUGCCCCUCAGGGCCAAGCGGCAUCCAGCCGGCCCACAGGUGCCGUCGGAUUCGGCUCAGUGGCGGCGGCUGUAUUCCUCGAAUUCCCACCCGAAUGUGCUGGGCAACUACGACAACGUGCAGUACCACGUGGAGAUAGAGAUCGGGGAUACCUGUCCGGGUCCGCGGCAGCAGUUCCAGGUGGUGCCGGACACUGGCAGUUCAGACUUGUGGAUUCCAGCCGUGAACUGUUCCCGCUGCAAGACGGGCACGCGGAAGUUCGACAUCACGCAGUCCUGCAAGGCGGAGCAGAUCGGCAACCGCAUCACCUUCCGCUACGGCGACGGCACGGUGGCAAAUGGAGGCUCCUUCUAUGACACGGUGCGCAUCGGCGAUCUUGAGGCGAAGAGGCAGUUGCUCAUCCAAGUGGACGACAUGGAAUCGGACACCCACAUGAAGUCGGAUGGGAUCUUGGGCCUGGCACACCACUACGCCUCUGAUCGGUCCUUGCGCGGUGAGACCUUUGUGUCCACGCUCUUCAGGGAGCAUCCGAACCUCCCGGCGCAGUUCUCCUUCUACUUGACGGGGCGCGGUGCCAGCGACCAUGAGUCCCAGCUGGUGUUCGGUGAGCCGGACCUCACGAGCCACUCCAAGGAGAGCAGCUUCCGCUAUGGCAAGGGCCAGUACAUGUCCACCACGGACCUUUGGCUCACCAGCGUGUGGUCUAUUGGCUGGGGCGACACAGGUGUGGAGGUCACCUUCCCCGACCGGGGCACGCUUGGGGCCCCGGCCCUCAUCGACUCGGGCUCCUCUUUGCUGGUCAUUGAGCCGGGCGUUUAUGAUCGGCUCAUCGGUGAGCUGAGAUGGCGCUUCAACAAUUGCCGGAAUAUGCCGGAGCAGCAGAUCCUCAGCUGUGAAUGCCCGCCAGCAAAUGACCUGAGCAGGAUACCACAGCUGGUGAUCAAUGUCAUCGACGAGCAUGACGAGCAGUUCAGCUUGUGCAUGUCCCCCGAUGAGUACAUCUUGGAGUCCGUAGAUCCGCUGACUGGAAGGACCUCCUGCGUACCUUCCAUCCAGCGGGGCUCCAUCAGCCAGCCGGUACCGCUGAUCUUCGGCAUGACGUUCAUGCGGGCCUUCUACACCACCUUCGACCUAAAGAAUGGCAGGAUAGGCUUCGCCAGGAGCAACCUCUCGCCAUUGCCGGGCCAAGCCACUUGCUCCGCGGACACGCAGCCGGUGCUGCGGCGGAGCAUCUGGCUCCUGUCCGUGGCGGUGGCGGUGACCUCCGUGAUCUUCGCCUUCUACGUCUUUUUCGUGCCAGGAACUAACUUGCCGGCGCCGAAGAUGCAAGCGGCACCCACGAAGGUGCAACAAGGCAUAUGAGCCCAAAGUUGGAGCGGCUCGUGGCGAAAGUCAGCGAAGUUCCUGGCUGGUCUCACCCGAAUUGGAGCCAAACUCGCCGGUGAUCCGUGAUCGGAGGUGUUCGUCGUUUUGGUUGUC